UGUGAAAAACAUGUACAAAAUUGAUUAAAGUGUCAAUAAAUUGUUUAAAGCUCUUUAGCGUCGUUAGCGACGGGGAACCAGUCACAUAUAAAGCAGGGACCAGGUUCACAGUUAUUGUGAAAUAUUAUAUAUGUGAUACCAUUAAAGUUUACAUCGGAGGACACAAUGAGUACAAAAACAACAAAAUCAACAAAAACCAAACAGAGUCGGAAAACAACUGAUUUAGACAAAGAAAUUGACGAGCUUUUCAAAGUAUUUGAUAAAAAUGGUGAUAAAAGUAUAACCGCAUCAGAAUUAGGAGCUGCUAUGAGAUUUUUAAAUUUAAAUCCAACUAAAAAAGAAAUAGCAGACACAAUGAAGUUACUUGAUGUCAAUAACGAUAACAAAAUACAAAAGGACGAAUUCCGCAAAUUUUUGAAAAACUACUUAAAGGAGAACCCGGAAGUCUUGACUCAGGAGGAAUCGAUAAGAGCAGCAUUUAAAGUCUUUGACAGAGACGGCAAUGGCUAUAUUGAUGGCAAAGAAUUAAAAGUUGCUAUGACAAAACUAGGAGAAGCCUUAACAGACAAAGAGCUUGGGGAAAUGAUGCGAGAUGCUGAUGCGAACGGAGAUGGUAAAAUAGAUUAUAACGAAUUUGUAAAGAUUUGGACUGAAACGGAGAAAGCAAAGUAAUCAGGACAUUGCAGUUUAAAAUGUGUUCAUUUUCGUCCUCAUUAACCAAAACAGCAUUCAGUCGUUAAAUACGGAUUUACAUAUACAUGUACACACAAACUCAAUCAGUUAAAACACUUCACUGUGUGGAUCAAAUCGUGUUCACCCAUUAACUCUCAUGGCCAGAUUUGUUCGGCCAGAUGAUAAGCAUUCUCAGAUUAAACUGCAUAAUAUUUUGAUUUCCGAUUUUUUUCAGUAUUGAGGAAAUUUUUUCAUUCAAAGACAUAUUAGGUAAAAUUUUCGAUGCUUUUGAGAUUAUUCACUUUCACGUUGAUUCACUUUUUUACCUCAAGACAUUUGGUAUACUAAAUCUUUAAUGCGAAAUACAAAUGUAUGCAUACCAUAUACAGUUGUACAUGCAUCUGUUUCAUUUGAGCAUUUUCUUUUAUAAGCAUUGAUGUGAUACAUGUUCAAAAUAUGCAUUUGUGAUACAUGUUCAAAAUAUGCAUUUGUGAUACAUGUGCAAAAUAUGCAUUUGUGAUACUUUGCAAAAUAUGCAAUUUCGAUAAUAGUGUUGUCUAAUUCUAUCAGUGUAUAUGAACUAUUAAUAUCUGCAAUACUUGUAUUUAUGUAAUUUUUUAGAAUAUUUUAUUUUUACUCAUAAAUAAAUUCGCUUUAUUGAA